CUGGGAGCUGGAGCAGCCGACUGGACUGUAAACUCCACCAUGUUUCUUUGGGUUUUAGUCUUAGUGGCCUUCGUUUCCAGAACAGAAUGUUAUUUUUCGGAGGAAAAAUAUCAAGAAGAAUCGAAAAUUCAGCAGCCAACGAUUAUUAUUGCGAUCAUUGCUCGGAACGCGGCGCAUUCUUUGCCAUACUACCUCGGAGCGUUGGAGAGGCUGAACUAUCCCAAAAACCGCAUCUCAGUAUGGGCAGCUACAGAUCACAACGCGGACAACACUACAGCUGUUCUGAAAGAAUGGCUGACUGUCAUGCAAAAGUUCUAUCACUAUGUGGAGUGGAGGCCCAUGGAGCAUCCUACGUCCUACCCAGGAGAGAUGGGGCCUAAAUACUGGAGCAACGGCAGAUAUGAAUACCUGAUGAAACUUAAACAGGCUGCUCUCAACUUCGCCAAGCAACGCUGGGCUGACUACAUACUGUAUGCAGACACAGACAACAUCUUGACCAACCCAGAGACCCUCAACCUCCUGAUAGCAGAGAACAAGUCUGUGGUCGCCCCCAUGUUGGACUCCCAGGGAGCCUACUCUAACUACUGGUGCGGCAUCACGCCACAGGGUUACUACCGGCGUACGGCUGAGUAUUUCCCCACCAGACACCGCCACCGGCUGGGCUGCUACCCGGUGCCCAUGGUCCACUCUACCUUCCUGCUGGACAUGAGGAAGACGGGCAUGAAGAAGCUGGCCUUCCACCCCCCUCACCAGGACUACUCCUGGCCCUUCGAUGACAUCAUCGUCUUCGCCUUCUCCUGUCGCGUCUCAGAGGUGCAGAUGUACCUGUGCAACAAGGUGAGGUAUGGAUACCUGAACGUCCCAGCCAAGCCUCACCACACCAUAGAGGACGACAGCAUCAACUUCAGCCACCUCAUCCUGGAGGCCAUGAUUGACGGACCCUCCAUGGCCCCCUCCAAAUAUGUCAGCCUCUUCCCCAAACGGAGAGAUCUCAUGGGCUUUGAUGAGGUGUACCUGAUCAACCUGCGUCGGCGUCAGGACCGUAGGGACAGGAUGCUGUACUCUCUCAACGAGCUGGAGAUAGACGUCAAGGUGGUGGACGCCAUAGAUGGAGGAGCGCUGAACAGCAGUGAUAUAAAGAUCCUUGGAGUGGACAUACUACCUGGUUACUAUGACCCAUUUUCUCGCCGCACCCUGACCAAAGGAGAGGUGGGAUGCUUCCUCAGCCACUAUUACAUCUGGAAGGAGAUGGUAGACCAGCAGAUGGAUAAGGCUCUGAUCUUCGAGGACGACGUGCGUUUCCAGGCCAACUUCAAGCGGCGCGUGCUCCGUCUGAUGGAGGAGGCGGCGAUGGUGGAACUGGACUGGGACAUCAUUUACCUGGGCCGUAAGCAGGUGACGCCAGGUGACGAGGAGGAGGUGGUGGAGAACGUGAGGAACCUGGUGGUAGCAGACUAUUCCUACUGGACCCUGUCCUACGCCAUCUCUCUCCAGGGGGCCCAGAAGCUGCUCAACGCCGAACCCCUCUCCAAGAUGCUGCCCGUCGACGAGUUCCUACCCAUCAUGUACGACAAACACAUCAAUGAGGACUACAAGUCUCACUUCGCUAACCGUAACCUGCGGGCGUUCUCUACGCGCCCCCUACUGGUGCAACCAGCCCACUACGCCGGGGACCCCGAGUGGGUGAGCGACACGGAGACGUCCACGCUGUGGGACGACGACAACGUGCGAACGGACUGGAGGGGCUCCCACAAAACCCUGAAGGGGGCACCUCAAUCCGACAUGCUGCAGGCAACGUAUAAGGAUGAGCUCUAGUUGAACCGUAUUAGUGCCUGGUUCACACUGUAGGGCCCAACUCCAACCGUACUGGGCUGACUCGGAUGCUGUCUUUUCACGUUGUUCUUUUUACAGCACGGUUCCAGAAACUAAAGGAGCCAGCACAGAUUGGAUUGGUUUGGCCUCAGUAGUGUGAAAAGUGUAAUGGGUUACUGGUUAUAGCGUCACUGUUGACAGAGAGGAAGAUAUCUGCUAUUCACAAGUGCCUUCAUUUCUGACUGUAUAUUUCGACCAUUUUGUACUUGGUAUGUCUGUCCAUAGUCACUGGGAAUGACCGGAUAUACAUACAUUUGUGAAGCCGGCUGAGGCUCCAGAGACUUGGGUCUGCUCACAUCAAGUGACCCCAGACCUGUUUUCAAAGUGUUUGUGUGUGUGUGUGGCUUUGUUUGUGUAAGGAUGCUGCCGUUUGUAUAUAUGGCUCCUGAACAUUGUCCUUGGCUGUCCAUCUGUGCACCCACUGAACAUUCCAGGGUCUGGGCUCACCUCACUGUGCACUUCGUCCCUGAGGGUCGGACGACAGAAAUACCGGAGGGAACCAUUCUCUUUUAUAUCCCAUUCUACUCUUAUUCAGUGUAUUGUGAGAACAGACUUAAAAGGUUUUCUUAAUUUAGUAAAGUAACUACGUACAAGUUGAACUGCGAGCCCUCACACGAGGUAAGGAUCCUGUAGCUAGCAGUGUGAAUGAUCUAUGAUAGGAGCAGUGUCUCUCUCUCUCUAUGCCUGACCUCGUGGUAGAGUCUCUCACUAGAGCAGACAGAAGUCAACAGAGCAGAGAGAAGCCUGCCAAUUUCGGUGUUGUUAAUGGUGCCAAUUGCUACAGCGAUCAUGUUACAAUCUGACUGAGCUCAUUGGUAUUGGUUUGUGUUGGUGUUUUAUAAAUGCAUACAAAUUCCAUUAUUUGUACAAUUCUUAUAUACAGUUUUCCUUAUUUAUUUUUAGCAUUAUAUUGUGAUUUUUGAAUGCACAAUAUUAAACCCAAGUGCAAUGUCUUAUGGGUAGUUUUAUGUCAAAGAAAUGCAUGUACACUGAGUGUACAAAACAUUAGGAACACACUUAAUAUUGAGUUGCACUCCCCCUCUUUUUGCCGUCAGAACAGACUCAAUUUGUCA